GAGGUGAAAAGUCUGCACGUGAUGUGAACUGAAUGUUUUAGUUUUCCUUGUAUGUGACAGAGAGUGUGUGUUAGUCAGUGUUGGUCUUUGUUUCCAGUCCAUGGAAGGUUGGACACUUGUUGCUGGGAGUGGACACAUACACCAGAGACUAUUCAGUUAUUAAGCACUGACUAAGACAAUCUCAAAUUGUUUUGUAGUCGUCUGUAUCCAUAUAAAGAAAUGUCAUUUCUGCUCGAUUUUUUAAAGAAGUGGCUCAACUUUUUUACAAGUGCUGUUGAAAUCCUUAUCCAAAGAUGCCUCGGUUGCUACGAUUCUGAACUCGAAGCCUUUAGGAAAAGUCUAAAAGUUGAAGUAGAUUUUGAAAGCUCAGAAGAAACGUGUACGACAAAUCCAGGUCAUAGAAACUUCAUUCCUAUUACAGAACUGAAGGCAUCACAUUUUCCUGUCAAGUACCAAGAUCAAGACCUAGUAGACACAGUCAAAAGUUUAGGUGAUGUCACAGUCAAAAUCAAUGUUUCGGUUUUAGGAAGAGUCAAAACCGGAACUGGUAAAAUUUUUUGUGUCACGAAAGAUAACUCCAAUUGUACAUGCCCUUGUUCAGAUUGUAGGAGCUCAAGAAACCCCAGACAAACUUGGUGGGAGAUAGAGGUCCAGACAUCGACAUAUGUAGUGAAAAAUAUUACUGAGGCUAGAAACUCUAAGUGUAGACUUUUUUACGACACUGAAAACAGCUCUUUGGUCAGCGUUGAAGGUUUCACGGUCGUAAAGUUCUCACUAAAUAGUGAGAACUGUAGACUCAUUUGUGUUACUUGUGAUGAAGAAUUAGCCAAUCGGCUGAAUCAAUUGGUUGAUAACUUCAUUGUUCUCUAUGAAAAAACGUUUGAUAAAUUUUGGAAUCCAAAAAAAAAAGAAAAACUAGUCAUCAUGGUAUCUCAUCCUCAUGGUGCCUCCAAGAAAGUGUCUAUUGGUAAGACAGGUAAAAGAAUAAAAGUCUCUAAAAAUUAUAGUGCUUUAACUUACAUAAUAGACACAUGUCCAGGAAGUACUGGGUCAUAUCUAUAUACCUUGUAGGAUGCUAUACCCCUUAGAGUCCUAAAUUGUGGAAUAGGAAUCUUGAUAGCUUACAAAAGUGGCUUUAUUUCAAAAGCAAAAUCCAGUCAAGUAUUAGCCUUAAUAAUUUAUAAGUGAUUAAAAAGUUGUGUUAGUAUUAUAAAAUUAGUUAAAACGCCAAUGUUUUAUUUUCACUCUACGCUUUUUUUUAAUUCUUAUCUACUUUUGUAUUCCCUUCAUGUAGCACAUGCUACCUUACUACUUUGUAAUCAUCUGUUAAGACACAGCGUUUUCCAUUAAUAACAUCGAAAUCCGAAAUACAUUUGUUCAAUGAAAAUUUUAAGAAUCGUUCUAUUAUGCUUGAUUUUUUUUUAGUAUUCAUCUUGUGAGUGUGCUUGUGCAUUCUUUUUUAUUUUGCCACAUUAUUGUUGUUGUUUUUUUAUUGCAGUUUUUUUUUUUAGCAAUAUUUGUGUAAGAAUGUAAGUAAAUAUAUAAAAUGUUUGAUAUGUAUUUUCUUUAACAUAAUAUUGCUUUCGCUAUCCCACAUAUUGAAACCUUAUGAAGGUUUGUAAAUAAACAGUAUAUUGUUAUUUAAACAAUAAGAAUGUUUUCAUAAUAAAAUCUUAUUUUCAUGUUAUUCUAUAGCAGUGGUUCCCAAACUUUUUUGUCUCGAAGACCCCUUGCCAUGUUUUCUGGUUUUUAGUAGACCACCUGUUUAACUUGCAAAUUUUUUUCAAAUUCAUUAACAUUUUUUUAAAACUAACUUCUAUCUGUAGAGAUUUGAAAAGUGAGAAAGUAAU